AUGUCAGCAACGGUUUUUUACCGCCAUGGGUGGAUCAAAAAGAAAGACGAUAAGCAUAUUGGUGACAUCGGAGAAGCAUGGCCACGUCUGUUUGAUGUACAGGGAAUGAUUGGUGCAGACUUUAAGCAGCUGUAUGGAGAAAGUGAGGAGAAGCUCUUUCAACUGUGGCCAAAACAUGCACCACACAUAAUCACAUACGUCAAGCAUUCCAAACCAAAAUUACUGAGUGCAUAUAAUCUGGAUGACAUGAAUACAGAUCAGAAGGAAAAUAUAACAUUGCUCUUCUUGCCACACAUUUUGCCACCCGUCCUGUACAAAGAGGGCAAAAAAACUACAAGGUUGUCACAGGCAGAGAUCAGCAAUGCAUUCAUUGAUAUCCAACCGGUUGGUACAAAUAUUCCACAUUACUUAUCAACAGCCAACCCGACUGGCCGACAGGCAAAGCUUGUGGUACUUGGAAGUAUCGACUCACGUAGUCAAGUGUUUGUAAUAAUUGGCACGCAGUAUGUUCUGGAAAUGGACACCCUACAACAAGGGGUAGAUACAUGUUUUAAGUGUUUUUGGCUGUUGGACAUUUCUUACCCAAAAAUGUGUGCACAAGUGUGGGAGUUCUUUGGCCAUGCUGUAUACAGCUUGGCAAUGAAAUCUCCAUCUGUGUCAGUGAAAUCUAUAGCGAGUGCUAUCACAUCACAGUGCAAUGCAUCACUUGAAUAAGCGAUUGUAUUAAGAAAAGACAAUUACUCAGAUGGAAAUAACAGGUGCGGACAUAGUCAUUUCAGGUCUAUAAAAGAAUUGAUAACAACUUAUCAAACUAUAUAUUCUUGUAUUUGUAAGUUUUCGCCAUAGUUUAAAAGCACGGAAAGGGGUCCUACAACCAAGU